CCCCCCAUUAACUCCGCUCAACGGACAAGAAACAUGCAGCUCGUCAACUAUGCAGCCUGGAUCCCUGCUGAAAGGGCCGACCUGGUGGUCGCCACUGCGCCCUUCCCGGAGCUCUCGCCCGACGAGCUUGUCAUCACGAACCGCGCCGUAGCUGUGAACCCGGUGGAUUGGAAGAUCCAGGCUUCGGGCGGCUUUGGUGUUCAGUACCCGGGCAUUCUCGGGGAAGACAUCGCGGGAGAAGUCCUGGAGGUGGGCAAGAAUGUGAAGAGGUUCAAGAAGGGGGAUCGCGUCAUUGCCCACGCGCUGGGACUUGGGAACGGGAGUGCCUAUGGCGGCUUUCAACUCUAUCCUCGAGUCAAGGUCCAGACAGCCGCGAAGAUCCCGGACGGCAUGGAAUUCAAGGCUGCGGUGGUGCUGCCGCUGAGUAUCUCGACCGCUGCGGCCGGGCUGUAUCUCAAGGGGAUGCUGGGGCUGAAGUAUCCUGAGGCCAAGAACAAACGGGCGGGUCGAAUGUGGAUGCCAGAAACGGGGAACAGAUCUGAGGACGUGGACGAGACAAUCAAGGAAGCGAGGACGAAGAAGAAGAAGGCCGUGCUGCUCCUCUGGGGUGGGUCGUCGUCCGUCGGCUCGUCGGUCAUCCAGCUUGCUGUGGCUUCGGGCUACGACGUCGUCACCACGUCCUCGCCGGCAAACUACUCCUACUGCAAAGCCCUGGGCGCCUCGCUGGUGCUUGACUAUCACAACCCCGACAUCGUGCCCAUACUCGUCUCGCUGCUCAAGGAGAACGGCGCGCCCGUCGCAGGAGCAUAUGACGCCAUCGGAACCGACACGACCGUCCGGCAAUGCGCAGCGGUCCUGCACGCUGUUGGCGGUGGGACGGUCGCAAGCGUGGUUUCUACGCCGGGGGAUCUUCCGAAAGGCGUCAAGGCGGCCAGAAUCUCAAGCACGAACGUCGUGAGUCAGGAAGGCGGCGUUGUUGCGACCAAAAUAUGGGCCGAGUACGUGCCUGCGGCCUUGAAGGACGGGUCGUUGGAGGCGGCCCCAGCGGAGCUCGUGGUGGGCAACGGGUUGUAUUUUGUCCAAGGCGGCCUUGAUAGGCAGAAGAGCGGGGUGAGUGCGCGGAAGGUGGUUAUAACGCUGUGAGAGAAUAACAGGCAAUGCAUGUGCCGCCCGGUGCCGACGCUAUGGAGGAAUGGAUCUAACUACUAUUGGCUAGCCAUGGCGUGGUAAUAAUAGCCGAGAGCGGGGAAAGCGGGGCUGGUAUUCAGUGCCCUCGUCACCAUUGUCCAAAAGAGGUAUAGCUGGGGACUUCCGACCCGCGAGGCUCAGGCUGAGAACUGCUGGACACCAACUUUUCCAAGACCGGAUGGCGUUGUGCCUCGCAACAAGAAACACGGAAAUCCGCAGGUGUUCAGGCGGAAGCGGGCGUCUGUCUCUGGCUGCACCAGCUGUGGUUGCUCACAGCCGAACAAGUCGAGGAGGAUCUGAUCCAGAACUGUCAGGAUAAGGCUGAGAAUUUCUAGCGGC